AGAUUAUUACGCGCGACCCCAGAUUUAGUGUUCGAAGAAAUGAGAACCUAAACUGGUGUUUACUCAUACAAAAUGUUCAGCCUGACGAUUCCGGUUUGUACGUGUGCAUUGUUAGUCUUUCACCAAGUCGACUUCAGCAAAAAAUGAUCUACUUAGAAAUAGAAGGCUUCCUAUCACACCCAACUUGGUGGCCAGCAGACAAAAGCUACAGGUUUAAUCUUCAUCGAGAGACAAGAGCAAUGAGUAUAAGUUCGAAGCGGUAUCGUUCAGAAAAAGAGCCCUCUAUAGUUGAUAUAACGAAACUGAGAGUGAGAACUGGAAAAGAUGCUGUGUUACAAUGUAUUGUUGAAAAUCUGGGAAAUUAUAAGGUAGCGUGGCUGCGAGUAAAGAACCAAACGCUGAUAGCGGUGCACACCAAAGUGAUAUUAAGGAGUGACCGUUACAGUGUGUCCCAUCAGAACUUACGGAUAUGGAAAUUGAAGAUUGAAAAGGUUACACUGGAAGAUAAAGGUUAUUACAUGUGCCAGGUUAACACUCCGGUCUUGAAAACGAAGCCUGCUUACCUAGAAGUGGUCGUUCCUCCAGCUUUUGAUAGCAGCAGUACCAGUAACAGUACUGAUGUCAUGGAGUACACCGAGAACGUCACUCUCAUCUGUAAAGCUACAGGAAAUCCUCUACCUGUCAUCAAAUGGUGUAGAGAAGACAACAGAAGUUUCAAAGUCGGAGAUCAAGAAGUUAAACAGUAUGGAGGAAACAGUAUCACCUUCGUUUCGGUAACCAGGGAAUACAUGGGCGCUUAUCUCUGCAUAGCAACGAACAACGUUCCUCCUUCAAUCCGACGGAGACUUUACCUCGAAGUCAAGUUUCCUCCUACCAUAUGGAUACCUAAUCAAUUUGUUGGAGCACCGCUGGGCUCAAACAGGACUCUGGAAUGCUACAUGGAGUCUCAACCAAGAGCAGUAUCUUUCUGGCUUCGAGGAGAAGAUUACAUUCACGAUAAAGAAGACAAGUACAAAACCUACAUGGCGCAAAACACAUAUAAGUCCCACAUGAAACUCACCAUCAUCAAUGUGCAAUCUAUAGAUUAUGGCUUAUAUAUAUGUGCUGCAAAGAACGAAAUAGGGAAAUCUGAAGGCUCUCUCACGUUAUACAGAACAGAACAAUCAACCAGCUUGAAGUCUAAGCAUGAGACGAAACCCAACAUCCUACCUCAAACACCAGACAUUUUAAUCCCACAGUUGGAAGAACGAAAUCAAUUAAAGGAUAUUUUAAAGCAAGCAUACCCACAGAAUUCCAAAGGGGUUCUUGCUUCAGAAAAUCGACGCCACCCAGGAAAGGAUCAAUUAUCAGGUCUUCAGGAACAUUCACAUAAAAACAACGGAUACACAAGAAACACGGAUACAGGAACCUUACUCGUUGUUCACCGUCUUCUGACCUCUUUCUUUCUCGCCGUGUGUAUUUGUUAAGCUUUCCUGUGGUAAUUCCUCCAGGAAUUAUUCUCUGUCAUAAAGUGAGUAGACUCGAGGAAUUAAAGCACAUUCUUCUUCUUCUUCUUUUGCCAAUUUUACCAACACAAAUUAAUUGUGAUGUGUGCUCCAAAUGCCAUUUGUGUUCCUGGAUUGCCAUCCACAGAACUCGGCUUCUCGAAAAGGGCUUUUUCAAUUUGCAGUUUCUUUAAAGACUCCGUAAUCCCAUAAUUUUACAUUCUCAUUUUAAGGUCCUGGAAUUUAGAUGUGUGCCAAAGAAUGAACAUCAGUAAAUAAGCAUUUGGUGUUUAUGCAUGAAAGUUUGUUAACUGUCUAAUAGCUUUUGGGUUUAAUAUAUCGUCGUUUAUUUCGUCUCAGGUUUAAUAAUAAAGAUUUUAAUGACAGCACUUGUGAUUUUUAAAAAGUUUUACACCCAUGUCAUGAAUAUAAUAUUACUGAUUCUUAAAAUGACAAUAACUGUAAUUUAUCAGUUCCUGGUGUGACACAGUAAAUUACAGGGUUAUCUAGUAGCUUAGAGUCAUGAGAAACUAAAUAAUGUCCAUAAUCUACACACGUGAAGGUUUUGUAAAUUGGUAAAAUCCCCACGAGGAUGCCACGUGGCAUGUUAAUUAAGGAUUUCUUAUUUUACAGGA